AUGAUCUCCAUUGUUCAUGACCUAAAACAGAACAUUCUCUCCAUUCUAAUUGACCUAAAACAGGACAUUAUCUCCAUUGUUAAUGACCUAAAACAGAACAUUCUCUCCAUUGUUUAUGACCUAAAACAGAACAUUAUCUCCAUUGUUCAUGACCUAAAACAGAACAUUAUCUCCAUUCUAAAUGACGUAAAACAGAACAUUAUCUCCAUUGUUUAUGACCUUAAACAGAACAUAAUCUCCAUUGUUCAUGACCUAAAACAGGACAUUAUCUCCAUUCUAAAUUACCUACAACAGAGCAUUCUCUCCAUUGUUCAUGACCUUAAACAGAACAUUAUCUCCAUUGUUCAUGACCUAAAACAGGACAUUAUCCCCAUUUUAAAUGACCUAAAACAGAACAUUCUCUCCAUUGUUUAUGACCUUAAACAGAACAUUAUCUCCAUUGUUCAUGACCUAAAACAGAACAUUCUCUCCAUUCUAAAUGACCUAAAACAGAACAUUAUCUCCAUGCUAAAUAACCUAAAACAGAACAUUAUCUCCAUUGUUCAUGACCUAAAACAGGACAUUAUCUCCAUUCUAAAUGACCUAAAACAGAACAUUCUCUCCAUUGUUUAUGACCUUAAACAGAACAUUAUCUCCAUUGUUCAUGACCUAAAACAGGACAUUAUCUCCAUUCUAAAUGACCUAAAACAGAACAUUAUCUCCAUGCUAAAUAACCUAAAACAGGACAUUCUUUACAUUCUUCAUGCCCCAGAUGAGGCUUUUUUUUUUCUCCAUUAG